AUGGUGGCGGGAGGCGGCGGGCAGAACGCUGCCGGUGCCGGGCACAGCGCGCCCUCGGCCGGCAGCGCCGCAGUGGGCAAAGUGACCGCCUCGCUGCUCAUCAGCAACGCCAGGACGGCCCGCGACGCGGAGCUGCUGGCGCGAGAGGGGGUCACCUUCUGCGUGAACGUCACCAGGCUGCAGCCCUUCCCCAGCCUCCUGCAGGCCCGAGGCAUGCGCGUGCCCGUGUUCGACGACCCGGCCGAGGACCUGUACCGCUAUUUUGAGCAGUGCGGCGACGCCAUAGAAGCAGCUGUCAGGAGCGGCGGGAAGUGCUUGGUGUUCUGCAAGAACGGCCGCAGCAGAUCCGCCGCUAUCUGCACCGCGUACCUGAUGAGACACCGAAACCUGCCGCUCCGGGACGCCUUUGAGGCGGUGAAGGCUGCCAGACCAGUAGCAGAACCCAACGCAGGGUUUUGGUCUCAGCUACAGAGAUACGAAGAAGAUCUGAAAAUACCAAAGCAGUCUGAUCUGCUGAGCAAAGGACCAAACUCACUUUGAAACACCUCCACACACGGCUGUUUUUAAGCAGCUUGCUGUAGGCCGAAGUAGAAAAAAAAUAUGACAGUAUAUAUGGCCUGUAUAUAAAAUGCCUGAUUGCUACACUGAGUGGAUGGCUCCUUACAUUCAUUCAGAUGACUGAUGGUGGUGCUUGGGAAAGGAGCAGAUAAUCAGGGAAAAACAGUAGAAACACCCAACUGUCAGAAGGACCACAAACCAACAGGUAAACAGCAUUUGUGUCCCCGCAGCAGUGCUGAAUGUGGCAGUGGUGCACUGAAUGAACAAACGAGGGGUUUCACACUUGGCUUCCCAGUGAUGUUGCUGGAAGAGCUGAUGCAAGACACGGAAGCUCUGAGUUCUGACACACCAACUGCUCUGCAUAGAUUCCGAAUUGUUCUUACAUUCAACUAGACCAAGAAACCAGCACAGGUUUGCACAAAAAGAUACAGGACAGAAUAUUCAGGUGAUUAUAAGGAGCUCAGCUCCCACCAUGCAAGCUCAAUGGCUCCUCUGCUUCUGAAAUUACUCUCUAAUAUUCCA